AUGCGUCAUGGCUUUCUAGAGGAUGGUGUCGGGCAGAACUAUGGUGCAGAAUAUAUGUUCCCGCUGGACUGGCAGCACAACUUCAUCUCCGAGGGAGACUUCACUGUCGAAAGCGACCGCUCUACUGUCGUAAAGCUGGGCGAUAUGGCGGUAAUGAGCAAGAUCCAACACUUAUCAGAUGAGGGCCCUCUCAGCCACUUCCGAUUCUAUCUGGCAUUGCGACCCAGGUUACUGGGAAGGGAGAGGAGGGAUCGCACGCUUGAGGAAUUUCUUCUUCACUUCAGAUUCCAAGGCUUGCAGGAAGCGGCGGAGGAUGAGAGCCCCAUGAAUGGCACCCUGAGCGCCGUCAUGUCUGGAGAUGUGAAGAUGCUACGUCUGCUCGCCGCCAAUCGUGCAGACGUGAACUUCAAGCUGCGUGGCCUUGGCGAGCUGGGCUACUUCGACACCCAAACAGUUUUGAUGGCGGCUGCCAAAUCUCGGCAGGAGCCCGAGAUGCUUUCGGCACUCAUUGAGCUCAAAGCUGAUGUGGAGACAAGGUCCAGGUCCAACAUCGUUUGCGCAUAUCUCGUCCGGUCUCCAGGGCACGUGAAAGUGUUGGCUGAUGCAAAGGCAAACUUGGAAGCAAGUUGGCCCUUAAACGGUCCCGCCGCCCUGGCUAGCACCGAAACUGUUGCAGCCAUGUUGAAGUUCCGUUGCGAUCCGAACUACGAUUACGAGACCUUCGGAGUUAGAUAUGGCCCUUUACAUUCAAUGACUUUGUUUGGGCGCUCCAACAGAGAUGCAGUGACGACUGCUCAGCUGCUGCUUGCACAUCGUGCCAAUGUCAACGCACAAGCAAAGCCCCAAGGAGCCUUCGCGCAGAAGUGUCGUGCGGCGCAACUGGAGGUAGUAGCAGCCAAGGGCUUUGAAGCUUGUCCAAUGCAGACGAGAUUCGAAGCGAGUGCGCCGGGCAUCACUCCCCUGAGUCUGGCAGCGCUGAUGGGACAUGAGGACUUGGUGAAGGUCUACCUGGAAUUUGGAGCCGAGAUGAUCCCGAAUGCGCGUGGCGAUCUACCGGAAGACCUGGCAAAAAGGCCCUCCUGGACGAACGAGUUUCACGCUGGAUCGACAGCACAUCAUGUAGGAUGGUGGAAGACCAAAGCUCGUCUGCCCAUCGCGCCAAGGAAAAGAGGCGUCCUGGGUGGUGUCCUUACGGUCUCCGAUUUCCUGCGGAUGAGCGGCCCUCCUGAGGCACAUGGUCACAUGAAGGAGAAGGGCUGGCUUCGUGCUUGGCAUCCAGGGAUGUUCGUAAUUUUCACAAGCCACCAAUGGCUGGGGAGUGCUCAUCCAGAUCCGCAGGGGCAGCAAUGUGCAGUUCUUCGCAAAGCCCUGCUUGGUGUCAUCAGUGGGAGUCUCCAGGUGCAGACAGACCCCGUGACUUUAAUCAAUCGCGUGUCGCCUGUCAUCUCAGCAGGUCUUCGCCAACAGAUUGCCGACGGCUUCCUGUUUUUCGACUGGUUUGCGAUACCGCAGAUCACCGCACGCCUGGAGGGCGUGAACGAAGACGAGACCCGGUCAGAUGCUGCCCUGGCCGUCCAGAGCAUCCCAGCAUACGUCGAAGUGUCCCAGCUGUUCAUCGCUUUGGUGCCAGAGCUGACGCACACUGUGACAGGAGCUCGCUGCAAUUAUAUUUCGUGGCUGUCGCGCGGGUGGUGUCGGGCAGAGCUAUGGUGUCACGUCCUUUCCAACAAGCUCAGCACUAGCCUUAUCGUGGUGCAUUCAGCGCAGGAAGCCGAGUUCAUGUCUCCCCUUGACUGGCAGCGCCAUUCGAUUGCAGAUGGUGAGUUUACCGUUGAAUCUGACCGCUCAAAGGUAGUGCAAUUGGGUGAAAUCGCGGUGCGGGCCAAGAUCGAGUAUUUGUCAUCAGCAGGUCCAUUGAGUUCAUAUAGGUUCUAUCUAGCAGGUCGUGUACAACUUCUUCGGCAGAAAACCCACGAGUACUGGGAAAGGGAUGCUUUUCUGCAGCAAUUCCGGUUCCCUAGCCUCCAGGCAGCUGCGAAGGAUACGAGCAGCAUGAACGGCCUGCUUUGUGCAACUUUCGCUGGAGCCGUGAAUCUCAUUCACAAUCUAGUCUACAUGGAGGCGGAUGUAAACUUAAGGCUGCAUGGCCUGGAACACUUCGGGUACUUUGAUGGCCAGACGCUCUUGAUGGCAGCGGCCAAGUCACACCAGCCAGCCCGAGUGCUGGCAGCGCUAAUCGAACUCGCUGCCGAUGUGAACAGCGCAGCCCCGAAUGGCACGAACCCUGCAUACAUGAUGCGGUCGCCCGGACAAAUGCAUGUUCUCCUUAAUGCCAGAGCAGACUUGCGCAGCCCAUGCCUUCCUUUGGGCCUGGCACCCCUGACUGGUGUCGCAUCCUUCUCAUCUACAGAAACAGUUGCCGCCAUGCUCCAGGCACGCUGCGACCCAAAUCCAAGCUUGCAGGGUAUCGGCUACGGCCCCUUGCAUGGAGCGACAUUUUUUUCCCGAAGCAACAGACACGCGGAGGGGACCGUUAAGUUGUUGCUAGCACAUGCGGCAGAUGCGAAUGCCCGGGCAAAUCCGCAAGGCAACUACUCGUGGAUUUGUGCCCUUGCACGCUCACAGUGUGCUGUCGCUGGCUUUGAGACCAGUCCCUUUAUGUCUCGGGCAUUUGCCAGCCUUCCGGGGCUCACUCCGCUCGCUGCGGCAGCCUUUAUUGGUUGCCAGCCUGUGAUGCAAAUCCUACUGCGGCAUGAUGCUGUCGCUGCGGCGAACGAUCGAGGAGAUUGGCCUGUGUCUGACUUCCUAGAGAUGGAAGGUGCGCCAAAGCCACAUGACCAAAUGCGGCAAGACAACUUGCUGCACACGUGGCAGGAGGGGAUGUUCGUCAUCUUCGUUAGCCACCAGUGGCUGGGUGGAGCACAUCCAGAUCCGCAAGGCCGCCAGUGCGCCGUCCUUCGCUCUGCCCUGCGUGGCAUGAUGGAUGGAAGCCUCAAAAUUGAGCCGGAUCCGGUCACCGUUAUGAAUACGCCCUUCUCAUUAGCACGCCAAUCAUUAGCAUGCCAACAGAUUGCCGACGGCUUCCUGUUUUUCGACUGGUUUGCGAUACCGCAGAUCACCGCACGCCUGGAGGGCGUGAACGAAGACGAGACCCGGUCAGAUGCUGCCCUGGCCGUCCAGAGCAUCCCCGCAUACGUCGAAGUGUCUAGUCUGUUCAUCGCUUUGGUGCCAGAGCUGACGCACACUGUGACAGGAGCUCGCUGCAAUUACAUUUCCUGGCUGUCGCGCGGGUGGUGUAGGGCAGAGCUAUGGUGUCACGUCCUAUCUGACAAACGAAACACAAGUCUUGUCGUCGUGUUUUCCGCCAAAGAAGCAGAAUACAUGUUUCCCCUCGACUGGCAGCUGAACACGAUUGCAGACGGGGCCUUCACUGUGGAGUCUGACCGGGCAGCUGUAAUCAGAUUGGGUGAACUCGCCGUGCGUGCCAAGAUUGCGCACUUGGCAUCAGCAGGUCCUUUGAGUUCUUACCGCUUCUAUUUGGCCAAUCGCGCGCAACUGCUGGGGGAGAAAACGACUUGGGAUGCCGAUGCCUUCCUCCAGGAAUUCCGAUUUUCCAGCUUCGAAGCUGCUGCCAAGGACACUAGCAGCAUGAACGGCAUCAUGUGUGCCGUUUUCGCUAGUGACGUGCAUCUUAUUCGCAGUUUGGCUGCAUCGGAGGCGGACGUCAAUUUCAGGCUGCACGGUUUGGGCCACUUCGGAUACUUUGACAGCCAGACGCUCCUUAUGGCAGCAGCCAAGUCGCAUCAACCCGCCGAGGUGCUUUCGGCUCUCAUCGAGCUCAAGAGCGAUGUAAACAUGCAGGCAGCAAACGGGGCGAGUACGGUCUUCAUGAUGCGAUCCCCAGAGCAAGUUCGCACAUUGGUUGCAGCCAGAGCAGAGUUGCACAAAGGUGGGCCUCCAAUGGAACUUAGUCCACUGACUGGCGCGGCUUCUUGGGCAAGCGUUGAAACCGUGGCGGCUAUGCUUGAAUCCCGCUGUGAUCCGAAUCCUGAACUGCGAGGGAUGGGCUGGGGCCCACUUCAUGGCAUCGCUUUUUUCUCACGGAGCAACCGUAAUGCCAAGGAAAUUGCCGCAUUGUUAAUAUCUCACAGAGCUGACGUACAUCGAAGAGUACGGCCAAGGAACCGGUACUGCCUUCUUUGCGCCGUAGCUCGGGCCGAAUGUGCCUUCAAUGGUUUUGGAGCAUCUUCGCUGAUGACGCGAGUUUUUGCCAGCAUGCCUGGCAUCACUCCGCUGGGGAUGGCGGCUCUGGUGGGCGCGGAGGGCAUGACAAAUCUACUUCUUGAGUCUGGGGCAGAACCCAUGGCAAACGAUCGCGGAGACACACCAGAAGAUCUAGCGGCUGCCAAUCAGCACUUCCACGUGCUGCAAAGCCUGGCGACGUUUAGCGCUUGGGUGGACAUGGAAGCCUUACAGGAGGCCCUCGACAGUUCCUGGCAGGUCCUGAUCAACGUCAGCUUGGUCGUGGCAGGGGUGGGUAUCUUGUGCACCCUCGAUUUGGAGCUAGUGCUCGGCCUGCUAGUGGUAGCCUUCGGGGUGUGCGCCUUCAUCGUCUUCUUUUUCUUUGCCCUUUGUGGGUGGUCCUUCGGCCCGUGGGAGCUCACGAUCAUGACCGUGUUUCUUUCCUACUCGGUGGAGCCCGCCUUCCAAAUGGGCUACGACUUCGUGAUGCCCGGGAUGCCCCAAGGACUGCAGCCUGAGAACACUGUGCAGCCGGCGGAAGGCAUGAGAGCAAUCGCGGCAGGUGGGGACUUGGCCUUGGCCGGGAGCACACACCCGGAACCUCCAGGAACGGGCGCGGAGGCUGGCCCGAGCACAGACGGCCUUUCAAAGGCGAGCGACCUCCAUCCCAAGGAGGACGAGUUACCAGAGGCAGCCGUCAAACGGUCCGUUCACGCCGUCGCCAAGAACUUGAUUUCCAACUCUAUCAAGCUGAUGUUGUGUGGAAUCAUGCUGGCACCAUGCCAGCUGCGCAUCUUUUCCCGAUUGGGAGCGAUUUCAAUCCUUCUUCCAGUGCUUUGUCUGCCGUCUGUACUUGUCGUGUACCCUGCGCUGAUCAUCGCUUCCGGGCGUACGCGACGUGAGCCCGACCUCGUUCUCAUGGGCAAGGUGUUCUUGGACAAGGCAUCUUGGCUGUGGACGUGA